AUGGUCCACCUGUACCACCCGGAGAUCGCUGAUGCGCCGUACAAGAGCGACGGCCUCGCUGGGAUGGGGAUGGGAGGAGAGCUCGACAACCACCAUCAUCAUCAAGCUACCAACACCACUGGGCUCAGGAACAUCCUUGGAACAACAGAUGCGGGCCGACCUCGGGUAAUGCACGGGCGCGACUCAUUCGCCACCGACUUCUUCUUGGGAGACGAUGGGGACGAGUCGCCUGAUUGGGCGAGCAGCAGCGAGGAGAACGAGGAGCUGACGGAGCUGGUGUCGAUGUCGUUGCGCAGCCAGGGAGGAAGGAAUCGGCAGCGCAGCUCCACCAAGACCGGCUUCCAAGACUUCUACAAGCUGCUCGACGAGAGCCUGGGCGCAGGGGCGUACGGCAGCGUGCACACCUGCGUCUACAAGCCGACCGGCAAGGAGUUUGCCGUUAAGAUCGUCGACAAAGAAACGGCAAGCCACACGCGCAGCCGCCUGCAGCGCGAGGUGGACACGUUCAAGAUGUGCCGCCACCACCCCAACAUCGUCCAGCUGAUCGAGUGGUUCGAGGACUCGGACAACUUCUACAUGGUCUUUGAGAAGAUGAACGGGGGCCCGCUGCUUGAUCAUAUCCAGAGGAAGAAAUUCUUCACCGAGCACGAGGCGGCCCAGGUGACGCGCGACAUCGCGUCGGCCCUCAAAUUCCUGCACGACCACGGCAUCGCGCAUCGCGACGUGAAGCCGGAGAACAUCUUGUGCACCGACAAGGACCGUGUGUCGCCUGUGAAGUUGUGUGAUCUCGACCUCGCCAGCAAGUCGCAUCUGAACCCGGAGGAUCGGAUGGCCGCCAGUGAGCCAGACCUCGCCAGCCCUGUGGGCAGCGCCGAGUUCAUGGCCCCGGAAGUGGUCGACGCGUUCGUCGGUGAAGCACUAAAAUACGACAAAAAGUGCGACAUGUGGAGUCUGGGCGUCAUUCUCUAUAUUAUGCUCUGCGGGUAUCCACCAUUCUACGGCGAUUGCUCGGCUCAGGAUUGCGGAUGGGACAUGGGCGCUCAAUGCGAAGAGUGCCAGAACAACCUCUUCCAACGCAUCCAAGACGGGUACUUCGAGUUCCCGGAUGAGGAGUGGAGCAACAUCUCCGAGGAUGCCAUGGAUCUCAUCGGGCACCUCCUCGUCCGCGACACCAAGUUGCGGUACACGGCCGACGACGUCCUGUCGCAUCCGUGGAUGACGGGUGGUGCUCCGACCACCGAGUUGCUCACCCCGGGCAACCUGAUCCGGAACGACUCGACCAGGGAUGUGCACCAGAUCCGCGAGACAUUCCAGGCGAUGAACCGCAUCUACUCGGGCCGGAUGAGCCUCAACCGAGAGGCAUCGCAAUCAGCCCUCCCGACCCCGGGCCCGGGCGAUCUGCCUCCAAUGCCAUUGCUGAAGAUCGAGGAGAUUUGGGACGAGAAGACGUCGCAGGGAUCCCCCACCAAACCACCGCCAACCUGGGCUGAAGAGGUGGAGAACGACGAGAUGAUGUUCCCGGUCUUUGGCAUUGGCCUCGAGAAUGAUGCCGCCGUCCAGCAGUACUCCUCCAACUACUAUAAUUACGACACCACGGAGGAGCCGUCCAGCUUCAAGCCGAGCUCGGCCAAAAGCCUCACCGCCAUCGAGACGUGCCAGUCGGCCCUCGCCCGCCAGGACUCCGCCACGGACACGCGCCGCGAGCAGAAAGUCGACGCC